AUGACGAAAAUGAAGGAAAUAUACGCUGAUCAGGAUAACGAAGAUCGUUGCUUACGAAUGGAAGCAUUAGAUCACGUUGUUGAUAAUGCCGAUGCGGAGACGGAGGCGAGUGAGGAAUAUAUAUAUAUUCGUCAGCAGCGCGAAAAGAAGGAGAAAUUCCUUAACGAAGCUGAAACAGAUAAUAUUGAUCAAUUUGUAUGCUUUCACAGGAGAACCAAGGCCGAGCGACAUCGUGUUGUUCCUGAUGUGCGCACCUUACACGUCGUUGACCAAAGUUAA